AUGGCCGACAAGGUCCCCCAAGAACCCGCCGCCGUCGCCGCCGCCGUCCCCAUCCCGCCUCUCGUCACGCUCACCGAGUCUCGCUGGCGGUGGAAGGGCCAGCUCUACGAUAUGUCCGAGAUCCCCAAGGACUUCGUCUUCGGCGCCCAACCCCUCGAGCGCGUCAUCCUCCCCCGCGAUGCCGACAACAUGGUCGUCCUCAGGGCCCUCAAACGAGCUCAUCGACGCUACAAAGCCGACACCAACCUAUCCGAGGACUCGUACUACGCCGGCAUCGAAGGCGGCCUCUUCAUCCCCGUCUUUAUCCGCCCGCACGGCAGCAGCGCAGACCCGAACAUGGACAACUCGUACAGCGGCGUCAUGUUCGGCAACGGCGCAACCAACAAACGCGGAGGCCUCAUCGUCCCGCCCGUCGACAUGCUGCGGCCUCGCCAGCUGGCCUUCCUCAAGACCCAGUCCCUCGGCCCCGAGUUCCUCGCCAAGGACAACAUCCCCUUCCGCCAGGUCUCUCGGGGCGAGAGGGAGCAGCACCUGCGCAAUCAGCAAGUCGCGUUCUCCACGGGUCAGCCAUGCCCCGUCCUGGUCAGGGACCCGGCCGCCAAGCCGGACUAUCACGCAUUCCAGCAUCUGAAGGUGGGGAACUGGGAGCCCUUCAUGAUGGACAUGCCCAAGCUCGACAGCAUCAGGGUGCCCAAGAGCCUCGUCGACGAGGUCGAGUCGUUUCUUGCCAAGUACCCGCGCGACAUCGUGCCCGUCAACCUGGCCGUGUCCAUGGCCAUCGCCUGGGCGGCCUACUGCGACACGACCGAGUACCAGCCCGAGCUGGCGUCGAGCAAGAGACGCCGCCCUCCCAUUCCCCCGAGCCUGACGGGCGACCUCGCCCGCCCCGUCCCGUAUGUUGAUCUGGCGGUGCUCAUCCUGUACUCGACGCAUUACUUCCGCCUCCACGAGGAACACGGCCUCUCCGCCUACGCCCACAUCUUCCGCGUCGUCUCGGCCCUGUACGCCAAGGACACGCAGUUCAACGAGGCUUUCAAGAUCGACCCGGAUGACAUCGACCACGGGUUCGUCUUUGGCUGCGUCAGGGCGCUGAAUCUCCGGGACGAGGACUGGGAGGAGAUCGUGCCCCCGUCCUUUGACGGAUCCCGGCUCGUCAUGCCCCUGAACUGCGGCACCCGCGAGCCGCCGUCGCCAGAGCUGACGGCGACGCUCAUGAUGCCCGACAUCUACACCCUCGGCUUCCCCGGCUACACCAACGAGGGGAGGAAGGGCCACGGCGACGUGAUGCGCCGCGUCAUGAUGCAUAGGACCUGGGUGCCCCAGCACAUUCUCGACCGCAACGAAGGGGAACCUCUUGAUCAGAAGUACUUCGGCGUCGAGUCCGUGACGCCGUACCGAGACCAGGACCGCCACCAGCUCUGGAGCGCGCCCGUGACGGAGGUCCGCUUCCCCUUUCCCAUGAUCACCGGCGUCGCCAUCGAUACGCUUGCUUUCCUAUCAAAGAAGAAAGAUAGCACAUUGCAGAAGAAGCCAGUCGAUACCCCUGAUGCCGGUGACGAAGACGAGACCAAUGCGGACCAGCUGGUGUACUCGCGCAAGUCCGUCGUCGAAAUCCUCACCGCCUACUUCCGCGCGCACAUCGCCGACCUCCGCAUGGCGCAGGACGCCGGUCACAUCUCGGAGCUUGUCACCCUCGGCCCGGACGGAUAUCUCGCCUGGCCCCUUCGGUCGGACCGAGACGUAAGCGCCCCGACGCUGCCCCGGGAGGUCGACAUCGGCCAGCUGCUCGCGGAAGAUGCCGCCCGCAACGAUCCCCUCUCCGACGAGGACCGCCUCUUGCUGAAGACGAUCGUCAAGCGGGACCUCGCCGGAGACAAGCAUGUCGCCCGCUGUCUCGAGCCGCUCAGCCUCCUUGACAUCAACGACCCUGGCCUGAGCAGGAGUCGCCUCCGUGCCGUGCUCGUGGCCGCCGUCCGACCCGUGCGCGAGAUGAUGGACCGGGUCUCCUCGUACGGCAGCUCUGUCCGCGACGACGACGACGACGGCGACGACAACGCUGAGGUUGCCGCCUUCGCGGACGAGCUUGUGAAGCCGUGCUGCGGGCUCCUGGGCCUCGGGGCCGGCGGCAGCGUCGCCCAGUGCAUGGACGCCAUCCACGGCGCCGAGCGGGAGCUGCACGCGGUCCUCACCAACGUCAGCUUCGUCGUCAAGUACCAGCGCGGCAACGCCGACUUCUUCCGGGUCGCCAUGGGCCUCGUCACGGGCGCCGCGUGCUUCGGCUACCUCUCUAGGCUGGCCCUGCUCUACGACCGCCUCUCGGGGCUCCCGAUGGACAUGGGCGACAAGAAGAAGAUGAUGAUGGCGUGGGAGUAG